UACAAAUUAAUAUGUAGAGAGAAAAUGGGAAGGAAAAGGAAGAAUGGAGGAAUCUGUCAAAGGAAAGGAAAAAGACACGUGAGUUCUCAUCCUCCAUCAAACACGUUCUACCUUCUUGUUCUUGUAUUUGAUUGUUGCUUAAGGUAACCCAUCUUUGCCAGUCAUCAGACGUAAACUUCUCCUCAAUUCAGAGUCAAAACUUAUCUCUCUCUCUCUCUCUUCUCUCUUUUUCUCUAUAUCUAUCUUUCUGUAACAAACCUCCACACUCCGUACGGAUCUUUAACUCCAUUUGAGAGACUCCUUCUCUCCUUUAUCCCUAUUAUGCCUCUCCUCCAAAACCCCUUCUUUAACCACUCAAUUUUCACAUUCUAUCACUUUUCUAUACUUACACUCGUUUCUUUAAUAUUCCAUCUUUCUAUCUUUAUUCGUUUAUCCAUUUCAUCAUCAUUUCUCUAACUCAUCCAAGAAUGCCAAUGGCAACAACAACAACAACAACAACAAAGCUUGCAUGCUUCUCCUUUGCCGCUUAUGCCAAAACCCUAAUAGACAAUCUCAGGUCUCUCAAUAUCCCUAUUCUCCCGGGUCUCACCGAUCAGGAAUUCACCUCCAUUGAAUCCAACUUCCACUUCUCUUUCCCUCCUGAUCUUCGCUCCAUUCUUCAAGAAGGCUUACCUGUUGGCCCUCUCUUCCCUAAUUGGCGAUCAUCUUCCCCGCAACAACUCCAGCUCCUCCUAAACCUUCCUUUCUUGAAUCUUUCCAAGAAUAUUACCCACAACAACUUCUGGGUCGAUUCUUGGGGUUACAGACCUGAUGAUAGCCAACAAAUGUUAGCUACUUCGAAGCGAUUAUUUACAAAAGCUCCAGUUCUUGUACCCAUUUAUGGCAACUGUUACAUUCCUUCUUCGCCGAACACCGCAGGGAAUCCGGUAUUUUACGUCGAUGAUUGCAGUGUACGUGUUUUGAAUUUUGAUCUUGCAAGGUUCUUUCAAGAAGCUGAAUUGUUUAAAACAGGUACUGGCAGAGUUAAUAAUUUUAAUUGGCGAAGAAAUUAUCAUCACAGUUAUAAUAAGGUGUCUAUCAAUGCGCCGGCGUGGGCGGCCACAAAAGCGCGAAAGGUUGAGUUUUGGACAGAAGUGGCAGAGAGAGGGAGGAAAGUGGUUGCGCGUGCUGACACGCUCGGGUGGUGGAAUGGUGGUGAGUAUUUAGAAGAUAGUUCGUUAGGGGACUGUUUGGAGGACGUGUUCUGGAAGUUGAGAGAUGGAGGGUGGAGAGAAGAGGACGUGAGGGAAAUGAUGAUGAUAGACGGUUGUGAUGAGAAGAGAGAGAACGGUUGCGGUGGUGAUGGUGAUGGUGGUAGGGUCCAGAACGGAAAAUUGGACGUAGUGUGGCACGUGAGAGUCUUGUCUGUAGUUUUAUUGCGUGCAGGAUGGAGUAGGGAAGAUGUUGUGUACUCGCUUGAUCUUCAAGAUCUUGAGGAUAGUAAAUGUUGUUUAGAUUUUCCACCACCAAACACUAGCUGUGCGGAACAAGAUGAAGAUCAUCAAAAGAGCAGUAUCAAGCAGUUGAUGCACCUGCAAUCUCUUGAGGUCUGAGUGUUCUUUAUGGGGCCUACAUGACUAUGUCCCAUCAAUUUUGACAAAAGUUCUUCUUUUUUUCUUUCUAUAUUUACUUUUCCAUACUUGGAAAUUAAUUAUCCACCACAUGAUUAUACAUUUUAUUACUUACUGUGAAUAGAUUAUUAUAAUUUAUUUUAGUGGGAUUAAAUACAUGAAAGGUGUACAUAUAUAUGAUUGAGAAGGGUUCUGAUUGGCUGUUGGCACAUUGCAUUGCAAUGACUUAAUAAAAAGGCUUACUUGUUAAAAA